AUGUCCGCGUGGAGGAAGGCAGCGGCUGCGGUGCGGUUCGCGGCGGCGGCUGGGAAGGGCGCCAGGGUGUACCCCCAGGUCGGGGGCGGCGCGGUGCACCCGCAGAGCGACGGGGACGACCUGGAGGUCGUGUACCAGGACUACGCGCGGGAACUGGAACAGAAGGCUCAGGAGAGGCAACGCAAGUACAGGGAGAUGCAGCUGGCGAGGAUGCGCGCCACGGAGUCGGACGACGUGCCCGAGGUGGCGGAGAUCGUCUUCAGCAGGGAGGCCAAGGACGGCAAGUGCGUGGAGUACAUGCAGGAGGAUGGCUGGCUGGGGUCCGGGGAGCUGGAGAACGAGAUCGAGAAGCUCAGGCUGGCAUCCGCGAGCACCACGGCCUCGGCGGGGCCGCUGGCGCUGACGGCAAGGGACGGCAACAAGUCUAGCCUGACGCAGAAGCCCGGCAGGGCGGUCAAGUGGCCGUCGGAGGGCGAGGGCCCGGCGGCGGGGGAGGACGUCGCCGUGUCGCACAGGAACGCAAGGUCGAGCCUCAUUCGAACCGGCGGCUUCCCUGACGAUCCGCCAUCCGCGCCCGCUGGACUGGACGCGCCGGCGAGGCCCGGCGGAGGGCUGGAGGGCGCACACGCGGAGGGGCCGCUGCCGGAUUCGGCGAACGACGACGAGUGGAACAGCGGCGUCUUCAACCGCCUGUUUGCGGCGGAGAGGGAAGGCAGGCUGCCCUUCCAGUCUUCGGACGACGACAUUUCGCUGGAGGGCUACGCGGACUCCGGCUGCGACGAGGCGCAGGGCGGUGGCUCGCUGCUGCGCCGCCUGGUGCGCAAGUGGCGCUGCUCCCCCUUGAGGACGAGGACCUUUCAGCUCAUGACGGACCCCAGCUCCAGCCCGGCCGCCUGGGCAGUGUCCGUAGUUAUCCUCAUGUUCAUCAUCGUCUCGUCCGUCACAUUCUGCCUGGAGACCAUACCGGACCUGGCCACGGCCAGCCGGAGGAACGUGUUCAGGGCGAUAGAGAUUUCUAGCGUGACUCUGUUCACCGUGGAAUAUGGCAUUAAACUCGCGACGGCGGAUCGAACCAUGGAGUUUUUCUGGAAUAUUUUCAACCUUGUGGACCUGGCGGCCAUCCUGCCCUUCUACGUAGAGGUCGCGCUGGAUUUUUCAGGGGUUCUGGGGCAAACUCGCAUCCUGAGAGUCACACGACUUGUGCGCGUAUUCAGAGUGCUGAAGUUGGGGUCAAAGAUCAACCGAAUGCAGGUUGUGUUCCAGGCAGUGUUGGAGAGCAUGGACAUCCUGGGCAUGCUGCUGUUCCUCCUGCUGCUCACGCUCGUCUUCUUCUCCUCCCUCAUGUACUUCGCAGAGAAGGUUCAUCCCAAGUUCCUCGAGCGCGUCGCAAACCCGACGGCCUGUGUUCAGAACGUGGACGGCACGACCUUCACCAGCAUCCCCGCCAGCCUGUGGUGGUGCAUCGUCACGCUCAUGACGGUGGGCUACGGCGACGAAGUGCCCUCCACGUCCCUGGGCAAGACCGUCGCGUGCCUCACCAUGAUCUCCAGCGUGGUUGUCACGGCCCUGCCCAUCUCUGUGAUCGCCGCUAACUUCAACCAGCAGUGGCACGAGUACAACGAGCGCAUACGCGUCUCGGAGAGGACUAACGGCGUCUGGGCCAAGUUUAGGCAGCUCACGGGAGAGAUGAAGAGCUACAACGCGAUGAUGGACGACUUCAUAAAUGUGGUCAGAAGUUCCGAGGCCGGGAUGCACACAGAGUUCGCUGCCAUUAGGCAGGAAGCUCUGAAGGCGCGGUGUAUGUAUUUGGACCAAGCGAGGGGGAGUCAAGCCAAGCCUCUAAAUGAGCAGAUCGCGGAGACCAAGUCCAUAAUCGCAAGCAUGCGCGAGGGCAUGGAUCGAGCGAAGGCCACGUGGCAUGAUCUCAAGUUGGUGCUGGAGCUCGUGAAUUCGGCGAGGCCUGCAGAGAUCAUGUCCAAGCUGGAGGGCGCCAACGCGGCCUACAAGAAACUGCGCAAGUGGGCCGAGGAGGCGCGCCACAUGGUGAGCGAAAUCGAGCACGUGAGGCAGGACUUGAGGGGUUUUAAGAACAGGAGCAGCCACAAGGGGGGCUCGCAGUAUUGA